GGUGUUUCCUGUUCCUCGGUGGUGAAUCAGAGGCUCUGGGAAAAGUUUGGAUGUGUUUUAUAUGAAUUUCUGCAGCGCUGAGUUUGGGGGAUCUCUGAACCGGGGGAAAUGACUGCUGCGCGGGUCAGCGCGCUGUUACCGCUGCUGGUCGUGUUGGCGGUGGUCGCCGCUUCUGCAGACGGGGCUUUGGAGAACAUCCGAGCGACAGCGGACGACGAGACUCAGUCCCGGGCGGUGGCGGAGCUGCUGCGGCGGCUGCUGGGGGACCGGGCCCGGGAGUUCGUGGUGUCGGUCAACCGGAGCCUGUCCGCCGGCGGGCUGGACGUGUGUGAGCUCCGCUCCACCAGGAACAACAGGGUGGUGGCGGUGGGGAGCAGCGGCGUGGCGGCGGCGACCGGGAUCUACAACUACCUGAAGUACUUCUGUAACUGCCAUGUGUCCUGGUCCGGAGACCAGCUGGACCUGCCGCGACCCCUGCCUCCCCUCACCGGCGUGCUGCGGAUCCAGAGCCCGCACAGGUUCAGGUACUAUCAGAACGUCUGCACUUCGAGCUACUCUAUGGUGUGGUGGGACUGGCCCAGAUGGCAGAGAGAGAUCGACUGGAUGGCGCUGAAUGGCAUCAAUUUGCCUCUGGCAUUCUUAGGGCAGGAGGCAUUAUGGCAAGAGGUGUAUAUGUCUCUGGGACUGAAUCAGACAGAGCUCAAUCAGUUCUUCACAGGUCCUGCUUUCCUGGCGUGGAAUCGGAUGGGGAAUCUGUUUGCGUGGGGUGGGCCGCUGCCUCAGUCCUGGCAUUUAAAACAGCUCUCUCUGCAGUUAAAGAUCUUGGAUCGCAUGAGAGCUUUUGGAAUGAUUCCUGUGCUGCCGGCCUUCGCAGGGAUUGUGCCGCAUGGAAUCACCCGCUUGUUUCCCCAAGCAAAUGUGACCAAGCUGGCUCCCUGGAGCAGAUUUAACUGCAGCUAUUCCUGUGCCUAUGUCCUGGAUCCACGUGACCCGCUCUUCCGGAGAAUCGGCUCUAUGUUCCUGACUCUGGUCGUUAGGUUGUUUGGGACUGAUCACGUCUACAACACUGACACCUUCAAUGAGCAGACCCCUGCAUCUUCUGACCCCACCUACCUUUCCUCCAUUAGCCAUGCGAUUUUCACCACUAUGACCUCAGUGGACCCUCAGGCGGUUUGGCUGAUGCAGGCCUGGCUGUUUAUCAAUGAGCCUGACUUUUGGAAGCCUCCACAGGUGAAGGCCCUGUUGCAUGGGGUCCCGCUGGGUCGCAUGAUCGUGCUGGACCUGUUUGCAGACUCUGUGCCUGCUUACUCUUUCACUCAGUCAUUCUACGGGCAGCCCUUCAUCUGGUGUAUGCUGCACAAUUUUGGGGGAAACCGUAACCUUUUUGGGACAGUAGAGAGUGUUAACCUGGGCCCAUUUGAGGCCCUCCGCUUUCCGAACUCCACACUUGUGGGCCUGGGCAUGGCCCCAGAGGGCAUUGAGCAGAACCCGGUGGUCUACGAGCUGAUGUCUGAGAUGGCCUGGCGCAAGGAACCUGUUAACUUGGUGAAAUGGGCGUCGCUGUACGCUUCCCGUCGCUACGGCAACAUGAACGAGAGUCUAACAGCCGCUUGGCGCCUCCUGUUCCGAAGUGUGUACAACUGCACCAUCCCCGGCUACAAAAACCACAACCGGGAUCCGCUGGUGCGACGACCAUCGUUGAAGUUGAAGACUGAUGUGUGGUAUGACCCGGCUGAUCUUUAUGAGGCGUGGAAGCUGCUGUUUGAAGCUGCUCCGUCUCUGGUUUCAGUUGAAACCUUCCGGUACGAUCUGGUGGAUGUGACACGGCAGGCUCUUCAACUACUUGCUUUUGAAUUCUACAAAGAAAUAAGAGACUCCUUCCAGGCUCAGAAGCUUCCAGAACUCCUGGUGGCCGGUGGCGUGCUUGUUUACGACCUGAUACCUGAACUGGACCGUCUCCUCUCCAGCGACCAACACUUUCUUUUGGGGGUGUGGCUAGAGCAGGCACGCUCAUUUGGCCUCGAUGAGCAGGAAGCUCAGCUGUACGACAUAAACGCUCGCAAUCAGAUCACGCUCUGGGGACCCGACGGAGAAAUCCUCGACUACGCCAACAAGGACUGGGCGGGGCUCAUGGAGGACUACUACCUGCAGCGCUGGGGCUUGUUUGUGAACACACUCGUGGAGUGUCUGGACCGGGGCCGUCCGUUCAAGCAGGACACGUUUAACCAGGCUGUGUUCCAGGUGGAGAACGGUUUUGUCUACAACCAGAGAAAAUACCCUUCCAAACCGAGAGGGGACACUUAUGAAAUCGCCCGGCUGAUCUUUCUCAAGUAUUACCCACACGCGCUGAAGAGAUUAAAGUAACACACAGGUCUUUUUCAUCAUAGAAUGAACUCAAAACACUUUAUCAGAGUGCCAACAUGUACUCGUAUCAAGCACAAAACAACAGCAUCAAAUCUGAUGGCGUGAUUAGCCAUGAGGAUCACUUUUGAGAUUACUAUGAAUCAGUACUAGCUCUGUGCAGUAUAGGUUAUGGACUCCUGUCAGGAGAAAUGUGAGUCAUGUGAUGUGAUGUGAUUGUCAGGUUGGGUUCAGCUGAGCUGGAAUGAGUCAGAGUACUUGACCCAUGGGCUCAUUCAUAUAUUAUAAAAUCUUUUUAUUUUAAUAUUCAUGUAAGCCUCGCAAACUCUACAAAUUUCAGGUCAUAAUGCAGAUUACCGUAUUUUUUUGCACUAUAAAAUGCACUUAAAAUCCUUUAAAUUUUUCAAAAAUGAUCAGUGCGCCUUAUAAUCCCUUAUAAGCACCUUAUGUAUGAAUUUUACCAGUUAGGUUGUAAGGAGCAGUAAAGCCCCUUCACUAAAGUACAGCAUUAUGCAGGAGUUUCAGUUUAGUUCUCCAGCAGUAUUAGCAUGAUCUGCUAACCGUACUAAGCGCUAGCUCUUUUCUCAUUCAGAGGUGGUGAGUAUUGUCGGCCUGUAGCCAGCUGCUAACCCUGAUUAGCACUGCUGGAGCAGCAUUAGCAUAAGCCACUUACCGCACUGAGCGCUAGCUCUUUCACCGUCCAGAGGUAUUAUGGGCCUGCUGCUAACCACGGCUAACACUGCUGAAGCAUAAUUAAAAUUACCCAUUAAUCAUGCAAAGCACUAGCUCUUUCGCUGUUCAGAAGCAAGUAUAUCGAACUGUGGCCUGUGUGAUUACAGUGUUAAAACAAGGUACAUGAGACGAACCACUAUCUUAUAUCACUUUGGCUUAGCGAAACACUCUGGGUUCCUCAGUAUAGCGCUGUCGGGCGGCAUUUACUUGCACUAACAGCGGCUAGGUUUUGCUGCUAAUGCUGCUUCACCUAGCCUCAGUAGAAAUCUGGAAAUCUAAGCUUACUGUAAAUAAACGGAAGUGCUUUACUCACCCAAAUAAACAGUUUUCAGGAGAAAAUCUGUGUAGAUUAACUAGGGUGACCAUAUUUUCAUUUGGGUAAACCAGGACACCUGGUAGCGGGGGGUGGAGCGUUGUGGGUGUGCUCUUACUGUGAGACUGCCGGAAGGGGGGAGGGAGGGCUCCAUGCUGAUAGUCAUGCUGUCUAUUGCUCUCUGGUCCAAUGAAGGUAAUUUAAAAACCAAGACAUUUCCUCACUUUCUGAAAAAAAAACCCAGGAUGCCCAGGACAGGACGUAAAAUACGGACCUGUCCCGGGAAAUACGGACCUUUGGUCAUCCUAGAUUAACAUCCAGCACUCUGGGGUGCCUUAUGUAUGAAAAUAGACCAGAAAAUAGACAUUCAUUAAUAGUGCAUCUUGUAGUGCAAAAUAAAUGGUAAGUAAAGUAUUAACAAACUCAUUUAGAGAUUAAACAUAAAAGAAAAUAAUGAGUUUGGCAAGAUUUUUACUUGGCCACAAGGGGGCAGUAUUGGCACUUGAAUGCUAAUAUGGUAAAAUUUGAUGAUACUAAUGAUCCUGAAUUUAUACUAGCUUAAAAGCUAUCAAUACAAAUAUCAAUAUGUUGAAUAGAUUUUAAGGGUAAAAUCUUGUCCAUCAUGUUCUUUGUGUAAGAUUUAUUUUAUUAUCUUUUGUCUUUGACCAAUAAACCAGUUUUCUGUUUUAUAUGGUAUGGUAAAAAUAUGUUUGCAUGUGUGUUUGUGUACCGGGUCCUGUACUCUCUGACUCUGGCCACUUCUAUAAGCUUCUAUGAGCUUCUAGAAGUCAGUCAGUCUAGGUGCUGAGUUUUCCUACUGAUAUCAUACUUACAUGCACUUCUUAAUCUGAUUAUUUCAGUACAUCAGAGUUUUUUUAGAAAUCUGAUUAAUGCAUUCACAUGAACUUAAUGGGUAAUGCAGAGUUUACAUGAGUCAGGUAUUCAUUAUUUUUUAUUUAUUUUUUUCUGUGCAAACAGCCAAUAAACUCUGUUUAUCUAAAGUGAUGGUCAGAUUUUUACAUCUUACUCUUGAUGUAAGAAACCGGUGUGUGCUGUUUACGUUACUGCAGGAACCUGAUUAUGAACACAUUUGUGAGUGCAUGUGUUUGCUGAGGCUUGUUGUAGCUGAACCCAAUCUGACCAUGAUGAUGCUCAACUGCAUUUAGAAGAAAAUGUUUGUAAUUCAGAGUUUAAAGUGUAAAGUUGAGGUUUCUGAAUCAGAUUCCAUUUUUGAAUUUUCAGGUGAAAGUUUUAAAUGUGAUGCCACAUUGCAUUUAGUGUUGCGAUUGUUUUAAUACUGUAAAUAAUUUUUUGUAUUUCUGAUUGUGUGGAAAAUAUUGAUUAUUUGAAUAUGGAAUUUUAAAAUGAAUAUGUAUUUUUCUAGAAUUAAAGUGUCUGUCUUAAGCACAUGUACAUAACAAAUGAAGCACUACUGUGUGUUGAAGGUUAGGAUAUUGGAUUUUAUGUAAUUGUGUACUCAGUGGCCUCUAUUCUUCAGGAUCAUUCUAUUUUUAAAAAUAGGUACUGUGUUUUUUGUAUUACUGUUUAUAAAGCAUACUGUUUUGUAUUUUUAAUUGUACACUUUGCCAGAUUUUUACAGAAGCACAAAAGAACAUGAAAUGCACAAACUUACAAAUAAAAGUAUCUAAAAUCAACUUUUUCACAAUGACAUUCCACAGAAUAUGGAAUAAAAACAAAUCUGAAAUGAGGAAGACUCCAGCAGAAGCUGCCUGUAGGGUCCGAGUGCCUGUCUGUCUUUGAAUACUUUAGUCUGGGACUGUAAGUAAUUGUGGUUAUUUCUGUAAUUGUCAGGAACCUGUUUGAAUGUGAAUAGAACGUGCUGAAAUGAAAUGCUAUUUUUAUAUCCUGUUGAAUAAAACCAUUCUUUUCAUACUG